AUGCGACACCUGCGAUGCCUGUGUUUCGUGCGCCCAUCCCCGACUUCCAUCCAGCUGCUGAUCGACGAGCUCCGAGAACCCAAAUACGGCGAGUACUAUAUUUAUCUGAGCAACAUCAUCCGCAAAUCAUCCCUGGAACGACUCGCUGAGGCCGACAGCCAUGAGGUGGUGCACCUCGUCCAGGAACAAUACGCCGACUUCAUUGUCGUCAACUCGGACCUGUGUGCCUUAAAUAUGGGCUUUCCGCUACAGCGACUAUGGAGCCAUUCGCCAGACUUGUGGAACUCGGAUGCACUCCAGCGGGCCACCGAGGGGACGCUGGCCAUGCUGCUCUCCCUAAAGAAGAACCCAUUGAUUCGCUAUGAGAAGAAUAGUCUGCUGGCCCGUAAACUGGCGACGGAAGUUCGAUACCACUUGACACAGGAGGAGCAGCUGUUUAAUUUCCGGCGCACCGAUACGCCUCCCAUCUUGCUCGUUCUGGACCGACGCGAUGACCCGAUUACCCCGUUGCUCACCCAGUGGACAUAUCAAGCGAUGGUUCACGAGAUGCUCGGCAUCCACAACGGGCGGGUAGACCUGCAUGAUGUACCCGAGAUUCGGCCAGAGCUCCAAGAGAUUGUGCUCGCGCAGGACCAAGACCCGUUCUUCAAGAAGAAUAUGUACCAGAACUUUGGUGACCUCGGCCAGAACAUCAAGGAAUAUGUGGAGCAGUACCAGACUAAAACGCAGAGCACCAUGAACAUUGAGUCUAUUACUGACAUGAAGCGCUUUGUGGAGGAUUAUCCCGAGUUCCGCAAGCUCUCGGGCAACGUGAGCAAGCAUGUUACCCUUGUGGGCGAGCUCAGUCGACGAGUUGGCGAAGAAAAUCUCCUCGACGUCAGCGAGCUAGAGCAGAGUCUGGCGUGCAAUGAGAACCACUCCAACGAUCUCAAGCGGAUCAUCCAAUUGCCCAACGUACCGGCCGAGAAUAAGCUGCGCUUAGUGGCUUUGUAUGCCCUUCGCUACGAGAAACAGCAGAACAACUCUGUGUUAGCUCUCCUGGAUUUGCUGGUUACCGCUGGCGGUGUCCCCUCCAGCCGCGUGAACAUUAUCUCGAAGCUGCUCGCGUAUCACCACUCUCUGCAGGCCCCACCGGUUGCAGGCGGAUUCUCUGAUCUGUUCGAAUCGACCUCGUUCUUCUCUGGGGCGAGAGACCGCUUCAAAGGAUUGAAAGGUGUUGAGAACGUCUACACUCAGCACUCCCCGCGGCUCGAGGUCACCCUUCAGAACCUGAUCAAGGGUCGCCUGAAGGAACUGCAGUACCCCUUCUUAGAGGGUAGCGGACACACGCGGGACAAACCGCAGGACAUCAUCAUCUUUAUGGUCGGCGGCGUUACAUAUGAAGAGGCCAAGAUGGUAGCGCAGGUCAACGCCAGUUCCCCGGGUGUCCGCGUUGUGUUGGGAGGCACCUCCAUCCACAACAGCACGACCUUCCUGGAAGAAGUUGGCGAUGCCGUCGGUAGUUGGCCGGAGUCUGAGCCUACGACAGCCGCCGGACGGCUGCGACGGGAGGUUGGGCGGUAA